UCCCCCUGUCACCGGCGACAUGUCCACUGCCAUGAACUUCGGCACCAAGAGCUUCAAACCGCGGCCGCCGGACAAGGGCGCUUUUCCGCUGGAUCACUUCGGGGAGUGCACCGCCUUCAAGGAACGGUUCAUGGAGUGCCUCCGGAACAGCGACUACGAGAGCAGUGCCUGCCGGCAGCACGCCAAGGCCUACCUGGAGUGCCGCAUGGAGAGGCAACUUAUGGCUAAUGAACCGCUGGAAAAAUUGGGAUUUAAAGACCUGACAGAUGACAAAUCAGAAGCAAAACCUGAGAAGUUGUGAUGAUGAAGACACAGAACUUUACUCCUCGUGUAUGGAAAGCAUAACUCCUAAUGUAGUACAUAUUGUACAUUUCUGUUCAUAGUGCAAUAAGAGGUUUCCUGAAGGAAACCUU